AUGGGCUCUCCUGAGCGCGAAAGGAAAACAUCCUUCCCAGCUCCAGGCACGGUGCUACCAGUGCCAGGAACCACUCCUACCACCCCCUACUCCGCCGUCUUUCUAAACCGCCGCUUCUCUGUGGCACCCGCGAGCAGUCCUCUGAGCCCACGUUCACCCACCUCGAGCCGUCGAGGGUCGCAAGUCCGCUCCGAACUUGCUCGAGAGUUCAUCACUAGGGAUCGCGCGUUGCAGCAGCUCCCGAUAUUGGGCUCGAUUCUGGUCCAAACGAAGCGGCCCAUUCAGUACGACGAGACGAUUCUUCUACCGGUACCUUACCCUAGCGCCUGGACGGAGACCAUCCGCUACAUUGAGACACACAACGCUGAGCACUUGUCUGAGUCUGUAAAGGUGAACAUUCUCAAUCUUGGCGGAAAGUUGCCCUGCGUGUGA